AUGACUUCAGGCAUUCUUAAUCUUUUCCGUCUCAAUGACAAGCGAGCUCUCAUCACAGGUGCUAAUGGAGGUAUUGGAGGAGCUAUGGCCGUGGCUCUUGCGGAAGCAGGAGCCAGUAUCGUCAUCCUACAAAUCCCGGGAGAUACCAACACUUCCACCAAGGACGAGCUGAUUGCCUUGUCUGCCGAGUUUUCAGUUUACGAUUGUGAUUUGACAAGCGUCUCCAAUAUCCGUGAGACCGUGAAGAAAAUCAUCGACGAGGAUGGGAUUCCGAUUGAUAUUCUCAUCAAUUGCGCCGGUGUUAGCGGUCACAAACCUAUCUUGGACGUAGACGACACCUUUCGCGAGAAGGUCUUCAAUGUCAAUAUGACGGCCAACUAUGUCAUCACUCAGGAAGUUGGUCGUAGGAUGAUUGAACGGGGCAAAGGUGGAAAGAUUCUUAACGUUUCUUCGCUAGCGGGGAUGCUUGCCACGAAGAACAUCUCAGCUUAUGCGGGGACCAAGGGUGCCGUCAAUCAGUUUACGUCUGCGUUUGCAAACGAGUGGGCAGAGCAUAACAUUCAGGUCAACUGUCUCUGUCCGGGGUACAUAUUGACCUCUUUAACAAGAGGAUACUUUGAGAAUGAGCCUGGUUUCAAGGAUUAUAUCAUGUCGCGGACUCCAAUGGGCAGAUGGGGCACACCAGAGGACUUUAGAGGUAUAACAUUGUUCUUCUGCAGCAAGGCCUCAGACUACAUAACUGGUGUUAGAAUGCCGAUUGAUGGUGGUCUUCAUGGCAGGUAG